UUUGAUGACAGUCGGGCCUGCGAGAUCAAAGGCGGCACGGAUAUGAAAUGGAAAUUUCCGAUCAUCACAGGUCACGGGAUAACAUAAAGUAUUAUAUGGCCAUAAAUGAUAAAGGGGACUGCUAAAAAGGUACCAUCAUGGCAGGUAGAACGGUGAAAAGACUAAGCAGGAGCAAUAAAUUUGUUCAGAAUGUGAUAGAUUUUGCCAACGUUUUCAAAGCUUUUAUUGGAACAAAUUACUUGGCUCUUGCAUUUGCCUUUGAACAGAGUGGGCUCAUACUCGGUGUUAUAGGUUUACUAGUUAUUACCAUGGUAACAGACCAUUGUUGUCAACUCAUUGUCAAAUGUAAAUAUAUCGUUGUGAACCAAAUCAUCUCCGAGUUUCUCACCAGAGAAGGGAUAACUGAUGUAGCCUCUCCGAGAAUAGGACGAUUACGAAAAAGAUUGGAGAAGCAUCUCACAUACGGGGACAUCGCUAGGAAGGCUAUUGGAAAAUGGGGCCUAUAUCUAGUCAACUUUGCCCUGUUCUUUACGCAGUUCUUUUUUUGUAUAGCAUAUAUGAUUUUUCUCGGCAACACUUUACAAACUGAUUUGUUUCCAUUUGUGAAUGAAACUUCAAAGGCUCUAGUGAAUACAAAGCAAUAUAAUCUGUUUGAUAACUCGCAAAACAAUUCAAUUGUUCAUGUAAAUAAAAAUGCUAGAGUGACUACAGCUCCAGUUUUCGCGAUUUUAGUUUUAUUUCCUUUGCCAUUGUUUUUACUGUUUGUCUUGUUACGCAAUGUGAGGAACAUGGGACCAAUAAGUGUGGUGGCGAACAUCAGUAUCUUUGUGGGAUAUGGCGUUGUCCUGGUUACUUUAGUUAAAGAUUUUGCAGUAGAUCCAGAUGUUAAAUAUUUUGCGAUUGCAACAUUUCCUGUCUUUUUUGGCGCUGUCUCUUGUGCAUAUGAGGGCAUUGGAACUAUAAUUCCAAUUGAGUCUAGUAUGGCUGAGAAUCGACCAAAAUACCCAGCAUUUCUUCAUGGAUCUUUGCUUCUGUUAUUCACAAUGUUAUGCUCACUUGGAAUUCUGGGAUACUUGAAAUACGGAAGCGACGUAGAACAGAUUCUAAUCCAAAAUCUUCCUUCAGGUUCAAUCACUUCCUACAUAGUCAACGUAACAAUCUGCAUUGGUGUCGCUUUUACUUACCCUAUUACAGUCUACCCGAUUAUUGAGAUUCUGGAAAAUAUUCUAUUUACUGAAGGAAGAAUAUUUGGACAGUCCUUAAAUACACUUGUUGUCAAUUGUGAUAAUGAUAAUGAGCGUGCUCCUUUACUAUCGUCGGUUAGUUUGUCCACUGAGGAGAUUGAAAUAUCAGAUUUAUUACCAGUUGCAAAGAGUGUGCCUGAAUCAGUUGCUUCAUGGAAGAGGAACAUUGUUCGGGUUUCUGUUGUACUGAUACAGACAGGACUUGCAAUUGUCUUCAAAGACCAGUUUGUCUACAUCAAUGCAAUUAAUGGCUCAAUCGGAAGCACUUUAUUGGCAUACAUCUUGCCCGCAGUAAUCAGCAUCAAGUUGGCUGGCCAGGAUAUAUCAAGGCUAGUGUUCGCUAAAAAUAUAUUUUUGAUAUUGUUUGGAAUUCUUGGAGGCCUCAGUGGGCUGAUUGUGACGAUAUACAACAUGGUGAAGCAUUUCCAAGGCAAAAUAUGAGUUUGAUAUAUAAUAAUAUUAUAUAUAUAUGUACAUAUUUUUAAACAAUAUUUUUAAAUUUUUUAAUUCCAAGUAAUAUAAGAAAUGAUAUGAGAAUGGUGCUACAAUAGCCGUGUGUCAGUACUUUAGAGUAUUGAACACUGGAUAAUGCAAGGCAAUCGUGAGGAGUGAUAAAGGAAGAUUUCCAUUGAAUCAGUGGCAUAUCUAUGCGGAUGUGCGGGGGUGGGGGAAGUGCAAUCACCUUCCCAAGAAAGCUUACACACCUCCAGUCGCUACUCCACUCGAAAUUUUUUAAGCAAAACAAAAAUUACGCUGAAGUAGUUAAGAAUCACCUCAUACCACCAGCUUGCACCCCCUCACUUUAUCAUCUUUGUGCCCCAUCAGCCCCCUUUCCCCUACUUCAGUACCCCUAGAUACACUAUGCUUAGAAUUGAUUUUUAGGGGAUUUUAGGGGUCAAGGAAUUAGAAAAGCUCAAACAUGUAGAAUAUUAAGUUAAUGUUUCACACUUUAAAAGUUUGUGAUCAAUGUCUCUGGUAGACCACUUUGGAUGGUAUAUGGAUUUUAAAUGAUGUGCCUUAAUGUUAUCAGUAACAAGCCAGUUUUUAUCAGUUAUUUAUAAUAAAUUAAACAAAAAAAUUAUUUGGUAUAAUAUUUUAAUAAAAAUAAAAAUAAGGAGAAUGAGGGGUACUAAACUCAAAUAGUAAAAAAAUAUUAUAACUUAAAUGAACUCUUAUUUUUAAAGCGUGGUAUUCAUAGUGUAAGAGAAAUAGCAUUCUCAUGAUGAUGAUAAUAAUAAUAAUAAUAAUAAAUAAUGUAAAGCAUCAUAAUUUUGCUUUAGUAACAUAAUGAAAUGAAAACAACUAUAUUAUAGUUGUUUUCAUUUACGGACAUAAUUACGAACACACGCUUCAUGGGAGCGUGUGGCCAACGUGUAAGACCAACGUUCGCCGCACUGCUUGUAUCUUUGGGCAAGACACUUUACUUACGUUUGCCUCUCUAAACACCCAGGAGUAUAAAUUGGAGGGUCAUGCUGUUAACCCUGGUACGACUAUUCCAGCCAAAUUAAUAACAGCAGGUAGAUAUCAAUUGAUAUCAUACGAACGAACGAAUGAUGAUUAUUAUAUAGCAAAUUUAACUAAAGAUUUUCACAAAGAAUAUUACUAUGAUUGAUUACUUCCUUUAAAAAUGCAAUAAUGUUUUUUUUUAAACUUUUUUAUUUAUGUUCAAACGUAACAGUAGCUCACCUUUAAGGAUAGCAAACAAUACCAAUUUGAGCAUGAAAAGUGUCAAGAUUGUUUUUUUGUCAAUGUUGGUACUUUUAGAGCUAAUUUUAAAAAUAUUCCUUACAUGACUUGCACAAGGUUUGCUUAAGUGUACAAUGCAAGAAAAUAUUCGCAUGAGUGUAGGCUGCAAUAUCAGAUCAAGUAAAACUCAGUUACAGAAAAGAUAUUUUCGAAAAACUAUCCAUACUCACAUAAGAAAAAACACAAUGCAAACUACAACAUAAGCAAUUCCAAAAUUGGGUAUUUUUUCAGGUUUUUUUUUUAUCCUUCACCAAACAUAUUUAAUAACUGAACUACAGCAGCCUUCAUUUCCAUUGAGUUUUAAAAUUUUCUUUACAUUCAAGUACAUUUGCUAAUGACAUAAAACAAUGUAGGGAUAUUUUAUUUUGCAGAGGCAGAUUCAAGGGGGAGCCAAAUUGACCGGGCCCCCACUAAAUGUUGAAAAUUUGAAAAAAAAAUAAUUAGACAUUCAAAUUGAAGUUUGAGAGUCCCAGUAUCGUCUAUGUAGAGGUGUCCUAGAUGUAACAUUUUGUACCUUAGUUCUAACAAUGGUGGGGCUGAGGUAGAAUGGAACCUUUGUGUAAAAUUCUAAUACUAGGUGACUCUAUUUUGAAUUCCUGAAUCAGUCACGUAUAAUGUAUGUCCAAUUAUUUGAUAUGGUUUCUUUAUAUGGCAUCAUAAAAACAUUUACAAAGAUUAAAAAGUGAAGCAUAAUGAGUGGAGCCAUGAAGAAAUAUCAUGGUGUCUUUCAGAAACUCAAUACCAUCAAAUUUUUGGAGCUACAGUGCCAAUAUAGUACAGUACUAUUUUCAAUUGUUAAUAUACAUUAAAUACGUUGCCGUAUUAUUUUAAAGGUACAUAAUGAUUUCAUUAAAUGAUAGGAGUUCUAUUAUUGUGUUGUUUUUGGCAGACAGUACGUUUUUAAUUAUUAUGUGGCCAUACAGUACUUUUUUACUCAACUCAGGCCUACAAUGUUACACAAUAUUGAAUUAUUUUUCUACCUCAGUGCUUGUGAUGAUUAUCCCCAAAAUAUUUCCCUUCUAAAUUUCUUAAAGCAGGAGACGCAAGCCUCUCUAGGUGCUUUUAUCUAUAAUUAUAUUCUUCCUUUUUUCACGUUUUAUAAAUGUCCUCGUAUGUUAAUACCUGCAUGUGAGAUGUUUGUUUUUUUGAGUGUGUUUUGGAUUGCCAUGUGAAUGUGCUUUUGAAUGUAGGAUGUGUAUGUUUUACCAUAGUAUUUGUGUUAGCUGUGUAUAGCCGGACACUCACUGUGCCAGACUGCCUCCAACAAUCAAGACACGGAGUUGGAUUGUUGUGAUGAGGGUCUUGCGAUGCAGUGCCCGGCUUCAUGUUUAAGUUCAUGACGCACUUCAGGGGUGGCUCCAGGAUUUGCCCGACGGAGGGGGGGGGGCGUGAUGCCCUAACGAGGGGUCACAUUUCCCCGACGAAAGCAAAGUGGGCGUGGCCGAGCUACGAUUAAAAGGAAGGUUUCGAAAGUGGUGCAGGGGCCAAA